AUGAUCGCAAUAGCUGGUACCAUUGGAACUGGCUUGUUCCUCGGUACGGGACGCUCACUGGCGCAGGGAGGCCCAGCUAGCAUGUUGAUUUGUUAUGGCAUUGUUGCCUUCGUGGUCUACGUGACGCUUUUACUUCUUGGAGAGAUGGCUACGCAGUAUCCGGUUGCAGGAUCUUUCAACGCCUACGCCACGCGUUUUUUCUCACCGUCUUAUGGAUUCGCACUGUCGUGGAACUAUUGGUUUAACGACGCCGUGUCUGUCGCUUCCGACCUCACCGCUGCCCAGCUAGUUCUUCAGUAUUGGACAACAUGGAACCCAUGGGUUAUUAGUGUUGUAUUCUGGGUAUUCCUAGUUCUAAUCAAUGCUACUCAUGUCAAAGCGUAUGGAGAAUUAGAAUAUUGGCUUUCUUCAUUGAAAGUGGCGACAAUUCUGGUCUUCAUCAUUGUCGGUAUCCUGGUCAACGUGGGGGUGAACAGUUCGCAUACGUACAUUGGUACACACAACUGGCAUAUACCUGGUGCUCCUUUCGUGGGCGGCUUUGGUGGAUUCGCGAGAGUGUUUGUUACCGCUAGCUUUGCGUAUGGUGGAACUGAAAGUUUGGGUAUCACUGCGGGGGAAACGAAAAAUCCUUCACGAAAUAUGCCUAGAGUUGUGAAAUUCGUUUUCUGGCGAAUUCUACUUUUUUAUAUCCUUAGUAUCCUACUUAUAGGUUUGAAUGUACCUUGGGACUAUCCUAAUUUGUCAAACAAAGAAACUACGACUUCCCCGUUCACGAUUGUCUUCCAGGAAGCUGGAUCUACUGUGGCCGCAUCUUUCAUGAAUACCGUCAUCUUGACAUCGGUUUUAUCAGCAGGGAAUCAUGCUCUUUUCGCCGGAACUCGUGUUCUGUACGGUCUCUCUGUAGUUGAACCCCGUGCGCAAGCACCACGAAUAUUCUCGCGCACCACGGCUUCGGGUGUUCCAUUGCCCGCUUUACUCGCCACAAGUAGCAUCAGCGCGCUCUGUUUCGGCAGUAGCUUUAUUGGCAGCGGUGUCCUGUGGGGUUGGCUGCAAAAUAUUGUUGGUGUGUCUAAUCAGAUUGCUUGGCUAUCUAUCGGGAUAGCUAGUUGGAGAUUUAGGAAAGCUUGGAUCAAGCAAGGACGUCCGCUGCACGAGAUCAAGUUCCGUGCAGCAUGGACCUGGCCCUGGGGACCACCGUUUGUAGUAUUGACGGUUACUGCCUUAAUCAUCAUCCAAGGCUGGUCAUCGAUAUUCCCUAUCUUCUCAGCUGUCGAUUUCGUGUCGUUCUACGUCGAGAUACCGGUUAUGGUCGUCAUGUAUAUUGUUUGGAUGCUGACUAGACGUAAUGCCUGUGACUCCAUCGACGAAGGGACUCCUCUAAUACGUACUCAAGGCCAAAGAAUCCGGUGGUGGCACAGUGACAUGGUCGACGUACGGACUGUGGACCUGUUCAAAGACGAAUAUGAAGAAGAGGCCGUUGAAGGGGCUGACGAUGAAGAGAGGGAAAGAAGGCUGCGGAGUAGAGCUGGGCUUGCUUGGAGAUUGUAUUAUUGGAUCAUAUAA